AUGGACAUAAGAAACCAACCUGUAGUUAUACUGGGACUGGAAGCAGCUAUUCUCAUGACUGUUUUCUUCAUGGUACACCUGUGUGUUCGAAAGGAGACAUCAGUGGAUCCUCUGUUCUAUGUAUUUGCCUUCUUUGCUUACACCUCUGUUGCUGAUCUCACGAACGCGCUUGAGCAGGACGGCUAUAUCAGAGGCUUUAUGGACUUCUACACCUACAAGGGCAAGCCCUACCUGAGCACGGCCUACUGUAUCCUGAUGAGCUACUGGAACGGCGUGGUGCAUUUCACCAUGCUCCUCACCGCGAUCUACCGCAUGUGCAGAGGGAAACCAUUUCGGAGUAUUGCUUUAGUGUGGGCAGGUUCAAUGAUAGCCACUCAGGUCGUCUUGAUCCCAGGCAUUGUCACAGGCAAAUAUGGUAAAUCCAUCUACCCAGCCUUUUGGUGCAACAUCCUGUUCUUGAUGCUGCCCGUAUGGGCGGCAGUGAAACUUUUCAAUAGGCCGAGGGAGCUGCCAAUCAUUCCUGCAGACAAGGUUGAGACGGAACAGAAGAAACGGCUCGUGUCUCGUCCCAAAGACCUUCUCCUCACACUCGCUCUACUAGGGGCCGUGGCCUUCACCGUGUUCAGGGGCUUUGUGGCCCUUGAGUGUGCGCUGGAUGCCUGUUUCACCUACAUUUACCAGUAUGAGCCCUACCUGAAGGACAACGUGGCCUUCCCUAAAGUCAUGAUGUUGGUCUUCCUCUUCUAUGCCUUACCCCUGAUGACGGCAUGCGCCUAUGGGCUAACCACUCCGGGAUGCCUUUGGAUGCUGGACUGGACUUUGUUCCUUGCAGGAGGCAUGGCUCAGGCGCAGUGGGCUCACAUCGGGGCGUCUGUGCACUCCCGGACCCCCUUCACGUACCGCAUUCCUAAAGAGGAGUGGGGCCUGGUUCUGACCCUCAACUUUCUGUACCUGGCCACCCCUCUGCUCCUGGCACUGCGCUGCUACCACGACCCGGCCUUCUUCCUGAAGACUGUGCCCCUGGCUCAGGUCGACAAUGACAAAAAACGAAAGUAGGAGCGGCGUAUGUGCAUGACGCUGUUGUCUUACGUACCUACGGACAUAAACAACAGCACAAUUCUGUGAUAGUGAGACCUUGGCGGAUGCAUAAGGGCGCAAUGGGAAAACUGUGCUUAACAAUUAAAUGGACGCUGUGUGGGGAAAACAAGUACUGUAGUGUGGGCUGAGGCUACUCAUUGCGUCAGGGCUCCGGAGGUGAUAGUUCCUAGCUUGAGACUGUUUCCUCCUCUCAGUAAGUGUUGAAACCGCACCCGCUUUUUCUCCUGGGACAGAAAGGUGGUGUGGUGCACUUCUUGUCCUAAAUGUCCCCUGCCUUCGAUUGGGUUCAGACUGUUGGACCGAACACCUUAUCUCUCCUCUCAGGAUGAGUCAUUUGAUGAAAUCCAGACUCGGUGCAGGAACUCUGGACUCUGACACACGCUUUUCUGCCCACACAUCAUCAACUGUAGAAUUACUUCAUACUGUUAGUCCUUGAACCCAGACACCAACAAGCCUAAGGCUGGUCAAAUGCUGGCGAGCAGGAUUUUUUUGCAAAGAUGUCAAAUA